AUGGAGGCCUCAGAAGAUCACGUAACAGAGAAGGUGCAGUCGCUGAGCGAUCUGGAGCUUGCUGUUCUCAUCUGUUUAGUCGCGGAUCAACAUUGCAUCAUCGAAGCGGAAAGGGAAUUAACCCGUGAUGUGGUAGAGGAGUUGAAGCUUGUCGCUACAAAUGUCUUCGGAUUAACGUGGGCUGUACUGGAAUGCAACGAAGAUACUACGCUGGAUGAUUUCGGAAGCGGAAUCCUUGUCAAGGGGGAAGAGAGCGAUUACUUUGGGAGCACAAAUGAGCGAGAUAGAGGAGACGUAGCUCAUGCUCCCGGUCACUUUUCACCCAUCUCAAAAUCACCAGGGAAAUCAGACCGACGCACGUCGAAAUCACCCAGACCUUUUAGUCCGCUGGACAGCAAACGUAUCGCGAACAUUGUUGUUGCAAGGAACCUCAACAGGGCGAACCCGCAGGUUCAGAUUCAGGCUUUAGAGCUGAUCCGAGGCAAGCGGAACUUCACAAGAACAGCCGUACACGCGGCGCCGAGACCGUUUUUGUUCAUCGCUUUGAACGCUUCAGACACACCACGCUUGACCAUGCAUCUGAAUGACCAGUUUUUCAUCUCACACAAACAUCAAAUGGAUGAUGGACUGCCAAACAUUGAAGAGCUACAGGAGAAGCAGCAUGUGUCAGAUGACGGUGCUUCCAUGUCUUCUGUAGUACGCACGCCACCAUUUCAACCAGGAAAGUACAAGCCGCAGACAGCGCUAUUCUCUUCUGAGGAUCUUGUAAGCUUGACGAAGCAGGUGUCAGAAGUGAAGAUCAGUUCUGAAGUACGAGCCUAUCUGCACAACAUUAUCGUCUUCAUGAGGCUGCACCGAGCAGUCGCAGGAGGCAUCUCUGCGUUGGCCACGAGGCACUUCAAUACGCUAGCACACGCGCUUGCUCCACUGCAUGGUCUUGAAUACAUCUCACCAUCCAUGGUGGCCUUGGCAGCCCGCAAGAUAUACCCACAUCGUAUCGUCAUCACGGCUCCAGAGAACGAGCGCAGCAUGCAAUGGGGCAGCUCGCUCGAAGCAGUAAAGGCUGUCCUUGAAGGUGUCACGGUUGAGGACGUUAUCGAGGAAGUGCUGGAAUCGGUAGAGGUGCCACUCUAG